UUGGCUGUGGCAACCAGCCUGUGUUUCUCUCAGGACCUUGGAGGAUGAAUUCUCUGGUGUGAGGCUGCAGAAGCUGGAACAACAGCGACAGCUAUUUGAGAAGAAGCAGCGCAGGAAGCGCCAGGAGCCUCUCAUGGUUCAGGCCAAUCCUGAUGCUUCCCUGAGGCACCGGCGACCGAGGCGUGCGGACGAGCGCUUCCAGAGUGACUGCGGCUGGGGACCUGGCGCUGGGAGCCCUUUCCUUCAGGAGAACGUACCACAGGCGCAUCUGCCCUCUGGGGCGCACAGUCCCCUGGUCACCAUGAGCUACGUCGGAGAUGGCAGUGGCGAACGGGCCCCACUACUGUCACCCAGAGGAGCUGCAUCCACUCGGGGCAACGGCCCUGCAGUGCGUCAUCUAUGCUGGCUCCCAGACAGCUCAGAUUCGGACGUGGAGGAAGUGACCAUGGAGGACAUUCCUGUCAUCUCCCGACCUCCCAAGGCGCAUCUGGCAAACCGACGCAGGGGCUGGUUAGCCUCCCCAGGGCCUGGGAUCAGCGAAGAAGAAGAUGUUGAACCCAAGCCGCCCAGUCCGGACCCAGCCCCAAUAGUGAACUCUGACAAACCUCAUGGAGACGUGGCGUCCUGCAACAUGGAAGGAGGCACAGCGAAAAAUAACAUAGAGACCGGAAGACCAGCCUCUGGCAUUGGGGAUGAAGACCCGGAGAAGAGAGAGGCCACAGAGUCUACAGGGGUAAACAACACCCCAGUGGCAUCCAAGGUCUUGCAAGGCAACGGUGACACCAGCAACCACAAUACUUGGAACGCUACCUACACUCCGCCGCCGACGCUGCGCACUCCAGGCCCUCGCCUCGGGGAGGAUAUGGAGGCCUACGUGCUGCUCCCCGCGGCCCAGGAACACAUGGUGCAGUGCCGCAUUGUCCGAAACAAACACGGAGUGGACAAGGGCAUGUUCCCGUCCUACUAUCUCUACCUGGAGGCGGAGGAUGGUGUGGCACAUUUCCUUCUCGCUGGGCGGAAAAGGAAAAGAAGCAAAACCUCGAAUUAUCUCAUCUCCCUGGACCCCAAAGACAUGUCUCGCAAUGGGAGCAACUUUGUAGGCAAAGUUAGAUCCAACGUCUUGGGCACGAAGUUCACCAUCUUUGAUAAUGGGGUGAACCCUGACCGCAGCUACUGGAUUCCAGACAGUUCCCGGAUCAGAGAGGAGCUGGGAGUUGUAUGCUAUGAGACCAACGUCUUGGGCUUCCGGGGGCCUCGGAAAAUGACCGUGAUCCUUCCAGGGAUGGACGACCAGAAGCAGAGGAUGAGAGUCCAGCCACAAAGUGAUCAGGAUUCCAUAUUGAGUCGCUUACAAAAGGGCGCCAGACAUGGGCUGCUCCUCCUGCAGAACAAGGCCCCAUCAUGGAGCGACGAGAGCGGCGCAUACGUACUCAAUUUUCACGGUCGUGUCACUCGGGCUUCGGUCAAGAACUUCCAGAUUGUGCACCCGGAUGAACCGGACCACCUGGUGCUCCAGUUCGGCCGUGUGGCCCCAAACAUAUUCACUAUGGAUUUCCGGUAUCCUCUUUGCCCGCUCCAAGCCUUUGCCAUCUGCUUAUCCAGUUUUGAUGGGAAACUGGCGUGUGAGUAGCUGAAUAAAAUACCAUCCCUCACCGACUCUGUCCUGUGCUUUGGAGAAAGGUUCACCCCAUGUCUCCUUUCUUUUUUAGUUUUCUGAUACUCAGUCUGGGCUCCAACAACUAUAUAGCUUAGGCUGGCCUCGAACAUCCGAUUCUCCUGCUUCCUCCUCCAAGGUACUGGGAUGACAAGCAAGCAUGCACGCGCUCGUGCCUGGCCUUGCCUUUUAAUAAUAAAUCUUUUAAUUUU